GCCCAGGGUUUCAGUCUCCACCACUCUAAGCAAAAGACUUGCUUGAUGGUGGAAAGGAGCCACGAUGUCAGACUCUGGCCUUCAGGCCCUGAGCGGCUACGUCCAGCAAGUGCUCGGACUGGUCGUGGGCGAAACCGAAGCAGAUGCAGAGCCCGACUUUCGGGGCGUAGCGUGUCGUGGGUACACGGUGGUGCAUGGCAAGCGCAGCUGUACAGGGGGCCUGGAGCCGUACCAUGUAGACACGACCCGAAACCUUACCUGGAAGGAGCGCGAGUUCCUCUUUGCCCAUCGAGCCAGGGACGAUGUAGCAGAGGCAUCCCCUCUGGACAUUGGUAUUUCCCGCGCGGCCGGUCAGAAGUUCACCCAUGCUAGCAGCCUCGUGGUGGAAGACGCGAGCACAGACCCAGUGUGGCUUCAAAUGCCACAGAGGUCUGUGCAAGUGCCAGCCAUGAGGUGGGUGCACUCUGCGGCCGCGGCGGUUGCAGAGAGAAUUCAAUAUACUCCAGCGGAUGCUCCGGUCAUGACCGGGCGAUCACUGGUGGACUUUGAGCUCUAUAUCCCCAGAGGGCACAUCCGCUACAAGCAGCCCGGGUUGCCGGCCUCCACCUUGCACAGGCACUGCAGGAAUGAGAUUCUGCCGCCGCUGGCAGAUGUUUUGCGAAACGCUCCAUUGUACGUGGCAGCUGUGUCAGCUGGCCUGAUCUGCAGAGUGUCAGUAGUGGCACACCCAGAAGGCUUCGAAGUCAUCAUCACUGACUGCGAGAGCUUGACACGGGACGUUCUUGUGCCAUUCGCCCACGCGACGGCAAGCUCCUCGAGCAGCCGGUUCCAGAAGAGCCUGGACGACUUGCUCAAGGAUUCACUGGCAGAAGCCUUCAGCCACUGGAUUCAGGAAGCGGACGCCAAAGGUGCGUGCGGAUGGGAGCUCCUGUGGGUAACUCCAACUUCUGCCACUUACUUGCUGGCAUGCGUUGAGCCCUGCCUUAGAUGGCCCCCGCACCCAGACAGCAUCAUGCUGGCGGCAAAAGCGGAAAUUCGGCUCUCGCCUGCGGCAUUCUCCCCCGCGCUGAAGCAAGCCUUGCAGGAGGUCAAGGAGGAGAGCAAGCCAGCUCGUGUGACUACUGGCCUUUUUGAGCUUGCUGAUGUCGAAGGAGAUGACUCUCCAAUGCGCCGAUCACCCUCAAAGGUACUGGGUCGCAGUGCUUCAAAAGCAGGAGGUGCCCGGAGCGUGCAGCACUCCUCCACCACGGUGAGCUGGGCACAGAAUCCUGAAGAGGUGGAGUUCCCAGCUGUGGAUGUGGCCAAGCAUCAGCGGUACAUCGCCAAGGUCCAGGAUGCGUUGGCGGCGGAACUGGCCCUGGCAAUGGGCGUGCAGACAGAGGAUGUUAUCGUGUCGAGCAUUGAGCAGGAUGAGGAUGGGAACUGGAAGGCAGUGUUCUCCGCCAAUGCAACAAGGCAGGAAAUGGAGGCCGCCAUGAGUGGCAACAGAGAUGAGUCCUACCCGAUGAAGGGGCCGGAUCAGCGAGUCCGACGGCUGGCAGAAAGCAUGGAAUCCGGGCGGAUCUCCAAGGAUUCGAGGUUCCAGAUGCUAAAACACGUGGAUGGAAACUCUCAGCUGAACGAGAUAGAGCGACUGCAGAUCACGGAUGCACUGGCAUGGUGUCGUGGCCUUGGCGGCUUCACGGAGGAGGACACACGCAGGCUUGCAGGCAUAUUCCUCACCCCGGAGGUGCUCCACAGGAAAGCAUACAGCGGCAAGGGCUUGCAGGGGCAGGACCUCAAGAGGCUUCGAGAAGCUGGCUUUACCGACCACGACCUUCGCAGGCUUGGGCUGCUAGGCUAUGGCCUCUCCGAAGAUGAGGUGAGCAGGCUUGAGCAAGCGGGCUUCAAAGCAGAGGCGCUCCAGAGGCGCCUACUCUUAGGCGAUGUCUUCACCAAGGAAGAGCAAGCCAGGCUGAGGACGGAGGGCCUGCCCUUGGAGCGGGUCCGGAAGCUGCUGGCUGGCACUGGGAAAUUCUCCAAGAGUGAGAAGGAAAGGCUCGCAGACGUGGACCUCCCAGAGUCGGAGGUUCGCAGGCGCCUGAUCAUGGGAGAGGACUUCGACGAAGAUGAGCUGGCAAGGCUGGAUAGCGUGGACAUGCCCCUCUACGAGCUGCGCAGGCGCAUCCUCCAAGAUGAGCUCUUCUCCACGGAAGAGCGACUGAGGCUGGAAGUGGUUGGGCUGGAGGAGGCAGACAUCCAGCAGCGCCUUGCGGACCGCGAGAAGUUCUCGCACGAUGAGAUGUUCAGUUUGGAGAGCGCUGGUUUCGACGUGGAGGACCUUCACAGGCGAGUCCAUGGAGAGAGCUGCUUCUCCCAGACGGAGUUGCAGAGGUUGGAGCUCAUCGGCAUGUCGGAGGACCGGGUCGUCCAGCAGCUCCUCUCCGGUGAGGAAUUCUCCGCCGAGGAGCUGCACUGGCUCGAGACGGGCGGCUUUUCGCUCGCCAAACUCACCAGGCGAGUCUUCGGAACCAGCAACCCCACCAGAGAGGAUGGGGAGCUGUCCAGGUCCUUUUGGAUGGGGCCCAUUGAAGAAGAGGCCCCGCCGCUGGACAACACCAGCAUGGCGGUGGCAAUGCAGAGGCUAAUGACAAAUCAAGAACUGCUGUCCGAAGACGAGCACAAAAGGUUAGAAAUGGUUGGUCUGCCGCUGGAAAUCAUGCAGCAGCGCUUGGCGGCCGGUGAGGACUUCACAGCAGACGAGCUCCAAAGGCUGGACUCCGCCGGGUUGUCCCAAAGCCUUCGGCGGCUCUCCACGGGGCUCUCAGACGAGGAUAAGCAGAAGCUGGAGAGCUAUGGGCUGCCCAUGGAGGAGAUCGAGAGGCGGAUCCAGGAAGGAGGGGACUUCACUGCAGAGGAGGUGGACAGGCUUCAGACGCUUGGCUUUGACUCCGUGGAGGAUUUGCAGAGUUUUGUCAUCGCGGAUUCCGAGAAUAGAGCGGACGACUUCGAGGGGGAGGUGAUCUUCAAGACGAAGUCGAACAAGGUGAGGACUCCGAUGGCCGGGCCGCUGACCGGCGAGCUCGCAGUGUUGCUGACCGAGCGCUACAUCAGCGAGGAGAAGUCUGCCACGACUGCCAUGCAAGGCCUUUGUCUGGAGCACCUCAUCGGAGCUGCGCGUAUAGCGGCGGAUGACCCAACAGAGGUGACGCUGGCAGAGCUGGCGAAAGCCAUUGCAGCAGCCCUCCGCGCGGAGAUUGGCGGGCAAGAAAUCGAAGAGGCCAGCGAGCUCCUGCAAAUGCUUCGGGCCUACUACUUGCUGCAGCUGCUGGAGGCCGCCGUGGAGUCCGAGGACAUGUCUCAGCUGGCGGUGAUGCUGGAAGCGGUGGAUAGCAAGGUGAAGGCGCUGGGACUUCUCAAGAAGGACUCGUUCAGCGAGGAAGCCUCAGGCAUGCUUCUGAGCUUCUAUCCUCGGGAGCUAGAUGCCAGACCAGCAUUACAAGGCCUCAUACAGCGAGCGCAUGCAAAGCAGGACAAGGCGUUGGCAGAGGCAAAGCUGGAGGAAGCGAUGCAGCACGUCGCCCAGUGUCAAUUGACCAACAUCAUUCAGAUUCAGCAGUGCAGCGCGCUACUUCAAGAAGCCAUGCAACGAGGAGAAGAAGCCGGUGCUUCGCCCGUUCUGCUCUACACGGCGGAGGACCUCUUGAAGGAUCUAAAGGACCGCAAGGCUCGCUUCGACGAGUUCCACGCGGAAAGGAUAGCUGCGUGGCACCAUCUGCAACAAUCCACCCACACCCUAUACGCCAGUGUGUCGCAAAACUUGAAGGACAAGAAAGAGCUUCAGGCGGCCUUGGCCAAGAGGAGCCCAAAGGUGCCAAGUGGCUUCAAAGAGGAAUUGCCAGUUGUCACUUGCACGGUGAGCAAGAGCCUGUCAGCCACCCUAGACCACUUCCUGGAAAUUGGCUUGGCAGCCACCGAGGACGUGCAGGCGGAAACGGAGAACUUGAACGAGCUGCUCACUCACGUGGCUGGUCUCAACGCAUUCUUCCAAUUGCCCACACCCACGGAUGUCUUCCAACUUCACGACCGCAAGAAUGACUUGGCAGGCCUGCUUCCACGCUUUGCCGAGCUCAUUGGAUCAGCAAGCCCGCCUGUAGGUCCGAUUCCAGCCUUGCUCAAGGAUUGCUGCCGUGACGCUGAAAAGCUGCUUGAGUGCUGGGAGAAGAUUGUCUUGGAGGCCAUGCCGAAGGGCCUUCACCAGGCCAUCCUGUCGGGAUCCAGCGAGCUGGUGGAAUGCUGCCUUUUCGUGUGUGGUGACAAGUCCUCCGUCCUUGCGCAAGUACGGGAUGAGUACAAUGGCGGCGCCGUGCACGUGGCGGCUAAGCAUGGCCAUUGGCAAGUGAUUGAGGUCGUGAUCGCAAAUGGAGCUGAUGCGCAUUCUGCGAACAGCAUCCAGCAGUCAGCCCUUGAUGUUGCAAUUGAAGCCUUACACAAGUCAAACGCUGAAAUUGAUCCAGAUGUUGAGUUGACACGGCGGCUGCAAGAAACAAUCGACUUCCUGGAUCGAAAGCAUCAUGUCAUCAGCUACGAAUAUGUGAAGUACCAAAAGCGCAACGUCUGGUUCAAGCGCCCUGAGACGAUGCUGAAGUGGCUGAGGUUGAAGCAGCUGUUGGAGCAUCAUUUCGAGAACUUAAAGAAAGCCUUUCUCGAGAUUGAUACCAAUCACUCGGGCGGCAUUGUGAAGUACGAGUGGGAGGCCAUGUUUGGUUCCGAGGGUCAGGCGAAAGACGCUCUGGCCGCUGCAGACCUGGAGUCCCACGACGUCUUCGGCAUGCUGGAUGGCCUUGACAUAGAGGGCAAGGACUUGGAAAGCGCCUGCCGUUGGAAAUUGGCUAUCAAGCCAGUUUCACUGGGUUUGAUCAGGAUGUGGCAGAAAGGGAUUGCAGGUCAGAAUCACCAUCGGAGCCAUCCCAAAUCUGUCGUUACCGAGACGAUUGAAUAAGAUGCCAACUGUCCAAGAGUUGCAAGAAGACUGCAUCCACCGGCUCAACUUAGCACUGCUGCGCUUACUGUUGCUCGGAGCAACUUCACUGCCAUGAAUCAACGAAGAAUGCCGACAGGACAUGGUCAUCACAAAAUCUGCCUUUGAGCUUCUCGACCUCCUGGACUGGCACCUCACCUCCGCCAUUUGGCAGGACAUCAUCCUGAAGCCAUUGAUGGUGAAGAGGCGGCACGUGUACUGACGACCGCUGACGCCUUGAGGCGGGGUUGAUCCAAAUGAAUAGCCCA